CUUCAGAGAGCGCAGGAGGAGGAAACUGGAGCUGAGGCAGGACCUACAGGCAAACUGUGGAGGAUUACUUCUGUUACUGUGACCUCACUGAGUGUGCUUUACCUCUCAGCCUCACUGAAGGAUGAUGAUGGAGGAAAAGGAGGACAGAGCAGAGGCUGCAGGAUCCAGAGGUCAGAGGUCACAGGCUGCAGCAUCCAGCUGUCCAUCUGUGAAGAGUGACUGGUCCAAUGAGAAUUCUCCAUAUUUCAGUGAUGGACCAACAAAAGAGAGGAAGAGGAGCGGUGUCUGUGUGGAGGAGCGGCCGUCCUGCUGUGCUUCCUGUCAGGACGUCCUGAAGGAUCCGGUCUCUACCAGCUGUGGACACUGGUUCUGCAGACAGUGCAUCUCCUCAUACUGGGACCAGUCUGCUUCAUCAGGAGACUCCUCCUGUCCCCAGUGUGGACAAAGACCCAGAACCGGAGCUGGACUGCAGACAGCCAGUCAGAGCAGCUGUGGACAAACAGAUGCUGGUCUGCAGGAGGUUUUAGAUGAACAUAAGAUCAGUCUGAGGAGGAGAUGUGAACGUGUGACUGAAGGAAGUGAUCAAACAGGAAGUGGAACCCUCCUGAACAGGAUCUACACUGCCCUCUACAUCACAGAGAGACAGAGGGAAGAGGGUCAUACCCAACAUGAGGUGAGGCAGCUGGAGACAGCUUCCAAGAUGGACGCCCUCCAUGACAGACCAAUCAGGUGCCACGACAUCUUUAAAGCCUUCCCUGACCAACAGAGACCCAUCAGAGUGGUUCUGACCAACGGUGUCGCUGGCGUUGGAAAAACCUUCUCAGUGCAGAAGUUCAGUCUGGACUGGGCAGAGGGCUUGGAGAACCAACAUGUCAGUGUGGUGAUUCUGCUUUCAUUCAGGGAGCUGAACCUGAUCAGAGAUCAGCAGUACAGUCUUCUGGAGCUGCUCCAUGUUUUCCAUCCAACAUUACAGAAGGUCCCAGCAGAGAAGCUCGCUGUCUGGAAGCUUCUGUUCAUCUUUGACGGCCUGGAUGAAAGCAGACUUUCAUUGGAUUUCACCAACAGGAAGCUCGUGUCUGAUGUCACACAGAAGUCAUCAGUCAGCGAGCUGCUGACAAACCUCAUCGAGGGGAAUCUGCUUCCCUCGGCUCUCGUCUGGAUAACUUCACGACCUGCAGCAGCCAAUCAGAUCCCUCCUAGAUGUGUGGACAGGCUGACAGAAGUACGAGGCUUCACUGACGCCCAGAAGGAGGAGUACUUCAGGAGGAGAUUCAGUGAUGAAGAGCUGUCCAGCAGAAUCAUCUCCCACAUGAAGACAUCCAGGAGCCUCCACAUCAUGUGCAGAAUCCCAGUCUUCUGCUGGAUCACUGCUACAGUUCUGGAGCACAUGUUGACUACAGAGCAGAGAGGAGAGCUGCCCAAGACCCUGACUGACAUGUACUCACACUUCCUGCUGGUUCAGACAAAGAGGAAGAAGAACAAGUACCAUGAGGGACAUGAGACGAGUCCACAGGAGCUGACGGAGGCUGACGGGGAAGUUCUUCUGAAGCUGGGGAAGCUGGCGUUUGAACAUCUGGAGAAAGGAAACAUCAUGUUCUACCAAGAAGACCUGGAGCAGUGUGGUCUGGAUGUGACAGAGGCCUCGGUGUACUCAGGAGUUUGUACAGAGAUCUUCAAAAGAGAGUGUGUGAUCUUCCAGAAACCAGUCUACAGCUUUGUUCAUCUGAGCAUUCAGGAGUUUCUGGCUGCAGUCUACGUGUUCCACUGUUACACCAACAGGAGGAUAGAGGUGCUGGAGGACUUUCUGGGGAAAGAAUACAAUCAGCCAUCUCUGGAUGAUUUCUUGAUGAAAGCUGUAAUAAAAUCCUUCCAAACUAAGAAUGGCCACCUGGACCUGUUUAUUUGCUUCCUUCAUGGCCUCUCUCUGGAGUCCAACCAGAGACUCUUAGGAGGUCUGCUGGGUCAGACAGAGAACAGUCCAGCAACCAUCCAGAGAGUCAUCAACAACCUGAAGGAGAUGAACAGUGAUGAAAUCUCUCCUGACAGAAGCAUCAACAUCUUCCACUGUCUGGUAGAGAUGAAUGACCUCACAGUCAAUCAGGAGAUCCAAAAGUUCCCGAAAUCAGUAAACAGAUCAGAGGAACUCUCUGAGAUCCACUGCUCAGAUCUGGCCUACAUGCUGCAGAUGUCAGAGGAGGUUCUGGAUGAGUUGGACUUGCGAGACUGCUGGACAUCAGAUCAGGGACGACACAGACUCCUUCCAGCUGUGAGGAACUGCAGAAAUGCUGGACUGGUUUUCUGUGGACUCUCAGAGACUCACUGUGACGUUGUGGCCUCAGCUCUGAAGUCCAACCCCUCCCAUCUGACAGAGUUGGACAUGAGUGUCAACGAGCUGCAGGAUCCAGGCAUGAAACUUCUGUGUGCUGGACUGGAGAGUCCAAACUGUCGACUGGAGACUCUGAGAUUGGAGUACUGUGGUUUGUCAGCGAUCAGCUGUGAUUAUCUGGUUGCAGCUCUCAAGUCCAACCCCUCACAUCUGAGAGAGCUGGACCUGUGGUGUAACAACCUGCAGGAUUCAGGAGUGAAGCAUCUGUGUGGUUUUCUGGAGAGUCCACAAUGUCAACUUAAAACUCUGAGAUUGGGGGACUGUGAUUUGUCAGCUACCAGCUGUAAUUAUCUGGCAGCAGCUCUGAAGUCUAACCCCUUCCAAUUGAGAAAGCUGGACCUGAACAAGAACAAUCUGCAGGAUUCAGGAGUGAAGCAGCUGUGUGGUUUUCUGGAGAGUCCACAAUGUCAACUUAAAACUCUGAGAUUGGGUGACUGUGGUUUGUCAGAGAUCAGCUGUGAUUAUCUGGCAGCAGCUCUGAAGUCCAACCCCUCCCAUCUGAGGAAGCUGGACCUGUACAAAAAUAUCAAGCUACAGGAUUCAGGAGUGAAGCAGCUGUGUGGUUUCCUGAAGAGUCCACAAUGUCGACUUGAAACCGUGAGAUUGGGGAGCUGUAGUUUGUCAGAGAUCAGCUGUGAUUAUCUGGCAGCAGCUCUGAAGUCCAACCCCUCCCAUCUGAGAAAACUGGACCUGAAUGAAAACAAGAGCCUUCAGGAUUCAGGAGUGAAGCAACUGUGUGGUUUUCUGGAGAGUCCCCAGUGUCAAAUUGCAUGUCUGAUAUUGAAGCUCUGUGGUUUGUCAGAGAUCAGCUGUGAUUAUCUGGCAGCAGCUCUGAAGUCCAACCCCUCCCAUCUGAAAGAGCUGGACCUGAGUGACAACAAGCUGCAGGAUUCAGGAGUGAAGCAGCUGUGUGGUUUUCUGGAGAGUCCCCAGUGUCAAAUUGCAUGUCUGAUAUUGGGGGAUUGUGAUAUGUCAGAAAUCAGCUGUGAUUAUCUGGCAGCUGCUCUGAAGUCCAACCACUCCCAUCUGAGAGAGCUGGACCUGAGCUUCAACAGCCUGCAGGAUUCAGGAGUGAAGCAACUGUCUGAUCUUAAGGAGAGUCCACACUGCAGAUUGGAGAAAUUCUGGUGGUGAGGAUGGUAAACAGGACGGUGUGUGUGCUGAGAGAGGAGGAGCUGUGUCCUGAUGAUCCAGAGAGGUUGAAGCAGCAGCAGCUUGUGUGCAGAGACGCUCUGACUGGGCCAUGUUACUGGGAGGUGGAGUGGAGAGGAGAGCUUCAUCCAGCAGUGACUGACAGAGGAAUGAGAAGAAGUGCAGAUGACUGUCAGUGCUGCAGAGUGAACUGCUCUGAGAACAGCUCCACUGUCAGACACAAUGUAGAGUCCACCAUCAUCCCUGUGUGUCCCUGUGGAUCUGCCAGAGGAUCAUCAGUGGAUCUGGAUGCUCUGCUGCUGCUCUGUCCUUCUACACAGUCUCUGCAGAGUCUCUGUCUGACACUGGCUUCAGCUUUUCAGGCUUCAUUCUGGAUCACACUCAGGAGAACAUCACCUGGAAAGGCCUCCAACAACAUCUCCAUCAUAGACACAAUGUUUUUAGGACUUACACAUCAGGUUUUGGUGCUUGGAUAUGGUCACAUAUUACAUCUUUAAGCUGAAUUAUCUUUCUUGAAACACUUAAUAUUUUUACUCUCUUGCUGGUUUUUCAUAUAUUUGCAGAAGAUAGAUAUUGACCUGUUUCAUAUGUAUAGUGUAGUUGAUCAGGUAAAAAUAGCAGAGUCCUAAUUGUUUAGAUAAUAAAGGCAUCUAGCAGGAGAACUGCAGGAGCUGAAGGUGUGUUUUCACAGCUCCUGAAUACAUCAAUACUGUUGUCUUCUUGUUGGAGAUGUUCCAGAGUCCUUGAAUCAUGUGACCUCAGUGGGUGGAGCCUACACUGCUUAAUGUUUAAUGUGGAUACUAAUGA